AUGAGUCUGACUGAGAAAGACAAAGCUGCCGUCAAGGCACUCUGGGCCAAGGUCUCCAAGUCUGUGGAUGCUAUUGGAGCCGAAGCUUUGGGCAGGAUGCUCCUCGUGUAUCCGCAAACCAAGACUUACUUCUCCCACUGGCCGGACCUGACUCCCGGUUCUGCCCCCGUGGUGAGUCACGGAAAGCAGAUCAUGGGUGGAGUCACUGAGGCCGUGUCCAAGAUUGACAACCUGAGCGGCGGCCUGCUGGAACUGAGUGAGCUGCACGCCUUCAAGCUGAGGGUGGACCCAUCUAACUUCAAGAUCCUGGGUCAGACCAUUAUGGUGGUGAUCGCCGCUAUGUUCCCUAACGAUUUCACCCCGGAAGCUCAUGUCGCCUUCGACAAAUUCUUGGCAGCCGUGGCCCUGGGUCUCUCUGAGAGAUACCGUUGA